AUGGUACCCAUACAGAACAUCAAAGUGCUCUGUACCUUUGUGUCUUCAGGUGAGCGUGUAGGGGGCUUCACGGUGGUCUGUAAGGAUGCUGAAGAGGCUAAGCGUGUGGAAUCCCAGCUGAAAAUUCUCAUUCGGCCCAUCUACUCCAACCCCCCUAUGAAUGGAGCUCGUAUCGCCUCCACCAUUCUCGACACGCCUGAACUCUACAAAGAAUGGCUCGUGGAGGUGAAAGACAUGGCCGACCGCAUUAUUAAGAUGAGGGAGAUGCUUGUGUCGAACCUGAAGAAGGAGGGCUCCACUCACAACUGGCAGCAUGUCACUGACCAGAUCGGAAUGUUCUGCUUUACGGGACUCAAACCGGAGCAGGUGGAGCGUCUGAUUAAAGAAUUCUCUAUAUACAUGACAAAAGACGGCCGGAUCUCUGUGGCUGGUGUGACGUCUGCAAACGUGGGAUAUCUAGCACACGCCAUCCAUGCUGUUACCAAGUGAAGCUGGCUCCUGAGACUAGUUUCAGCAGACAGAGAGCAAGAAAAAGUAAUUUAAACGAUUUAAAGUCUUCUGCUGCAUGUCUUUUAGGACCAGAUAUGAAAUAGGACUAAUGUAGACUUCCAGUUCACUUGAUUUGGUAUUAUUAAUGUUAAUUCAUGACUCUGAAUGUGAGAAAAUCAAUAAAUUAAGGCAGGAUUCUUCCUUUCAAAGUGAUAAAAACAAGCUUUAAAAGCUUUUUUUUAUGGUACAAAAUGUUCCGAUAGAACAGUUAAUGACAUUUAAAAAUCAUGUUUUUGUUUUCAAACCAAUAACUAAAUAAGAGUGAUUGAAAAGCAUAUGGGGUAACUUUAAGUUAGAGAAAUCAUUGAAAGGAGUAAACCAGAUUUCAUGUUUGGACAUUAAUUGCAAAAUCUUUGAAGGACUGUAACCAGUUUAACAUGGUCAUUUCACCUAGAGGAGCAUAAACAAUUACAUUUAUCAAACUGAUGAUUCGGCAUCAAAGGUCUUCUUGAGCCAUAACACAUUCUUAGACAUGUUUAUGACUGUAAGGCACUUAUUCUAUACUGCAGCUUAAGCUCAUUAUUAGUAAUGAUAGAUUGUCUAUAAUGUGUGCACCACAUGUGUUCUGGUGUAAUUUAAUAUACAUUUAUCUUGCACUUUUGUCUAGAAGUUCCAAAUGUCACACAUAAAUCAUUUCAUAAAUCAUUAGGCAUUCACACUAAUUUUGUGUUUUGUCCUGGCCAUAAAACUCAUAUGUCAAACUUUUUUUUUUUAAUUGUCACUGCAUUUGUGGACAAAAUCGAAUUAAGAUUCAUUUUGGAAUGAAAACUGAACAAAGUAUAACUGAUAUUUCAGUGGUUAAUUGAUGCUUUAAGAAAAGCUUUACGUGUUUAGUGUGUGGAUGUUGAUCAUGUUGGAACAUGCCAUGUUUGUAAGGAUUAUUCAGGUUUGAAAAACUGUGCAAAUAUAUAUAUUUGUAUAACUAAUUAUUGUGUUCCUAAAGCAAAUUUAUGAAAUUUCUCCCGAAGUUCUCCGGAAUAGACAUCGAAAUGUCACGAGUAAUACUGUAUGAGUCUGUUUAAACAAUGAACAAAAGAAUAAAGGUGAGCUCAACGAAAA